AAUGGAAGAAAGUUGUGCUUCUUAUCAAUGCUUACAUGAUGAUGGAAUAAGCGAUGAAAAUAUUGAUGAAAGAUUAAAUGAAGAGUCUAAUCAGUUCAAAUCUAAAAAGUACGGCAUCUUUUGGGCUAUAGCUUUUAUUUUAGGCGAAAAUAUUGGGGUUGGAUUGAUUGCACUGCCAAAUGCCUUUAAGGAUCAAGGAUAUAUUGGAAUUGCUACUUUACCUUUUUUUGGAUUUUUAGCAAUGUACGCUGCAUUGAAAUUAGAAGAUAGCUACACAAUAACAGCAAAUCAAGAAACAAUUGAUGACAAUGAGAGAAAUCAAUACGGUUGUAUAAUAAAGAAAGCAUUUGGUAAACAUUUACAAUAUCUAGCAUUAUCUGGUGGAAUAGCAAUCUUCUUCUCAGCAACUUUAGUGUGUUAUGGUACUAUUGCUGAUUUAAGCUCUACUAGAACUUCUCGAACUGUAUCAUCACCUACUUUUCAUUCAUUUGCAUUCUCGAUUGGAACAUUCUUCUUUAGUUAUGGAGCUACGCUCAGUUAUCCAAAUAUUCAGCAUGAUAUGAUUCAACCUUCAAAAUUUAAACUAGCGGUGAAAAUUGGAGCAGUAGGUAAAUGA